AUGGCUGCGAUUCUCGCAAAAGAAGGCCACUACUUGGCUACAAUGGAAGCAUUUCUAAGUUCCUUGGAAGCAGCCGAAAAGAGGUUUGACUUCGUUGAAGAGAUGGUAGCCCACGUCAUGAAAAAUAUGUUCAAAGGUGGCCGUAAUGCUACGGUAGUUUCGAAAACGAAGCACUCGAAAACGAAGACCGAAGCACGAAGCACCCAAAUCUCGAAAACGAAGCACCCUAGAUCGAAAACGAAGCACCCUAGAUCGAAAACGAAGCACCCAAAACUCGAAAACGAAGCACCCAAAAACUCGACACCGGUCUGUCCUUUAUAAACACGAGACCAAUGUAAAUACAGCAGAAAUCAAGCGCGAUAACGAGUAUUGGAUAACGAAUCGAAUGCAGUUGAAAUCUACUCAAGUUGUAAAUGCAUUUCCGCCGCUGCGUGGGAGGCCCGGUGGGAGGCUAUGUUUUGGACGUGAUCAGAAAACUGAGAACGCCCAAACUAUUUCUAGAAUAUUACUGUAUUGCCGUAUUACUGUAUUGCAAGUAUCCCCGUACAAAAUGAUGAGCGUUUUCUAUUCCAUUCCUCGUUAAAGGCCAUUUGCAAAUUAGUGUAGUUAAGGGUGGAUCGGUGGCAUAAAAAGCAUAUCUUCAGGCUUCGCCCCACCGACCUCCUUCUCAGUAGCUUAACUCUCCUUUUUUUAUUCGCUCCUUUUAUUUCAAAAUUCUCCUGUUCCCCACCAUAGAGCCUGAUCCCAGGCUAUUACCCUAGAAAAAAUUCUGCCUGGAUCUGAUCUGAUCUGAUCACGCAGUGUCAAAAAUAUCCGAUAUGGUAGACUGCAAAACAGUGGUUUUUUUUCUCAAAAUCAGUAAAGAAGUCGGUAAAGCGUGGCGUAAGAGUAAUACGCGCGAGCCUCACACUCCGUUUCCAGCCUCGUUUCAGACCUUUUGUGUUACUGCUCACGCGUACUUGAAUACGCCAAAAUCUGCUGACGGACAGUUUUUCAAGUCUACAUAAACAUGCAUGUGUACCGAAAAAACGCAUAUUAAGGUAAGAUGUAUCAAGUAUAGCGAGACCAAUAAUAAAAUUAAUACACUAUAUCCCAUCUAGAAACGUUCAGUUAAACAGUUGGCAGGCUCUUAUAAAACCUUUGGGUGGAUUUUGUGGACCUUUGGAGGUGCGGACGCAUCCGCUGCCUCCACCUGAUUCGGAUUGCGUCAUGCAAGACGUACAGCCUACAGUGGUUUCGAGUUUUGGGUACUUCGUUUUCGAGAUUUGAGUGCUUCGUUUUCGAGAUUUUGGGGUCUUCGUUUUCGAUCUAGGGUGCUUCGUUUUCGAGAUAGGGUGCUUCGUUUUCGAUCUAGGGUGCUUCCUUUUCGAGUUUUGGGUGCUUCGUUUUCGAAGGUUUAGGGUGCUUCGUUUUCGAGAUUUAGGGUGCUUCGUUUUCGAGAUUUGGGUGCUUCGUUUUCGAGUUUUGGGUGCUUCGUUUUCGAGUUUUGGGUGCUUCGUGCUUCGGUCUUCGUUUUCGAGUGCUUCGUUUUCGAAACUACCGUAAUGCUACCCCGUUGUUGCGUGUUCUUGGAGUUGGGAGUGGUGAUGGGCAAAUUGAUUUAAGAAUUCUGGAUGUCAUUUCAUCGGCGAUAGGAUGUUCUAAGAUACACGCCACCAUUUUAGAGCCUGAUGUUGAAUUAAUGGCGAGAUUCAGGUCGCGUGUUUCACCGUCUCCCGAGAAACUCGAGGGAAAGGCUACCUUCGAGUGGCAUGAGAUGACCUUAGAGAAAUUCAUGGAGUCUAGCCCUCAGAUCCAACAGUUUGACCUCAUUCAUUUCGUGGCAUCGCUGUACUACAUGGAUGCUGAACAAGCUCUAAGAAACUGUUACUCGAGACUUGCCCCAGGUGGAGCCAUCUUCUGUACUUUAGUUGCCGAGGAGUCUUUCUUCUCAAAGUUGGCAAGAAAAUUGAAAGGUAAAAUUAACUUGGGUUCGAUUAACAAGUUUUACACCGAAGUGGAUAUUGAGAGCAUUUCUAAGAGGAACAACUGGAACUAUGAAGAAUUAAAGAAAUGCAGCUCUGAUGCAGAUAUAACCAGCUGUUUUGAUCACUCGUCUACAGCAGGGGGUCUUCUCCUGGACUUCUUAACCCACUGCCAAGAUUUUAGAGGCACAGUGGAUAAAAUGUUGUUUAAAGAAGUGAUGAAUUUUUUGGAGGAACAGUCCUUUACUGACGAUAGUGGAAGGAAAAUAAUAAAACCUCAACGUAUUGCAGCUGUAAUUUACAAAUAA